UCAGAAUUGAUAAUAAAAAAUUGGGUCUCGUUACUCAUCAUACAGGGAGUCUUGAUAGAGAAACGAUUGGAAAAAAUGUGUUGACGAAUUCUUUUUGCACGAAAAAUUGCAAUUUUACCUUAAAUUUAAAGUAAAUCGUACAUUUUCAUUCGAUAUGACCUGCAAACGAAGAAACGGUGGCCGUUCUAAACACGGAAGAGGUCACGUUCAACCGGUCAGAUGUACAAACUGUGCUCGUUGCGUACCGAAAGAUAAAGCUAUCAAGAAAUUCGUCAUCCGUAAUAUCGUAGAAGCGGCCGCUGUCAGAGAUAUCACCGAUGCUAGUGUCUAUGAAUCUUACACCUUACCGAAAUUAUACGCUAAGCUUCACUACUGUGUAUCCUGUGCUAUUCACUCUAAAGUAGUUCGUAAUCGUUCGAAGAAGGACCGUAGAAUUCGUACUCCUCCGAUGAGGAAUUUCCCUCGUAACGAUGCAGCUCGUCAAGGAGGACAACAGCAGAGAAAAUAAAAUAAGAUCGCCGUUACUUUUUAUACUAAGGUUGAAUAUUAAAAUUUGAACUUUUA